AUGUAUUUUAUUCCUUUAGGAGAAUCAUCGUCUCAUCAUUUAUCUGUUUCAAUUGAUAAUUCAUUAAAACAAAUUCAUAAUAAUUCUAAAAAAAUAUUACAAAUUAAAUUUCAAAGCAAAAGUCUUGACGAUUUACGACUCCACCGAGAAUGUCAACGUCAACAGACAGAUGAUAAUUAUGUUUCAAAUACAACACGAACGGAAAUGGAUUUAUCUACUAUUGGAUGUAAUAUGAAUAUAGACAUUGACGAAAAACAAUUGUAUGAUGAUAAUAAACAUGACCUACGCGAGCAAAAAAGUCAAUCAGCACCAGUAUCACCAACAAAAAUUGACGAUAAAGAAUUAGCUACAUUUAUUCAAUGCGAACAAAAAUUAAUUACUGAUAGUUUUGUUUAUAAUAUGGAUCUAUCCAAUGUCAAUGAUAUAACACGUCAACCUCGGGCAAGAACAGCAAUAUUCUUUGUAUGUUAA